CUCGCCGGAGAGUGUCGAUGGAGCUGCCCGAACGCUUCCGUUUCGACGACGAUGCAGACCAAGAUCAAGGUCAAGACCAAGAGGUGGAUAGAACACAAAUCAUAGACAUGGCCAUGAUGCAUCAAAGUGUCUUUGGCAUCAUCGCUGCAACUCAGUCAAAGGCCAACACGAUGCGGUCCAUGCUCCAAGAGGCCGACAGUGAUAGCGACGACACAACACCCGCCCCGCCGACGAGACCUAACAGGUCUACUAUACAUCCGGCGCUCCCUUUGCGCCAAAACCCGCUCUCUCGCAAUAACCACCUCAAACGAACGUCUGACAACAACUUAGUCCAGUCAUUACCCGGUCUGCGGCCCGCGCCUACGACUACCUUCGCAACCACAACUCCCUCUCGCUUUUCAAAGGCCGCCGUCGAUCAACCCGAACCCAGCCCUCAUGCGGGGACAGACCUAGGGUCUUCCCAGUCGACCAUCAGGAAGCCCGCCAGCAGGAAGCCGAGCCCCACCCCAGAUAUGUCGUCGAGUACGACCCAGGUCGCCUUGCCAGAUGCUCUGAAGGAUAUAUUCAACUUCGACGAAGCCGAGAAGGUUGUCGCAAAGUAUCCCUGCUGGUACCUCCAAAGCGUUCUCUUGCAAGGCUACAUCUAUAUCACACAACGUCACAUCUGCUUCUACGCAUAUCUACAGAAGAAGACUGGUGUGACCAUCAAGUCCGGCUACCUCACCAAGCGUGGUCAACGGAAUCCACGUUACAAGAAGUACUGGUUUGUGCUCAAGGGAGAUGUCUUGUCCUAUUACAAAGAUCCUUCAACUCCGUUUUCUCCAAGAGAUGUUAUAGAUCUGCGUUAUGGCGUUUCGGCGGACAUUACUCCGACACAAGGACAUGACAAGGAAAGCGCAUCUUUCUCUGUCGUCACGGAUGCCAAAACCUACCACUUUAAGGCAGAAACUGCCUCGAGUGCAACAGAGUGGGUCAAGCAGAUACAGAAGGUCAUCUUCCGGUCACGCAACAACAGUGACAGUGUCAAGAUCUGCUUGCCAGUCGACAACGUUGUCGAUAUCGAGGAAAGCAACUAUCCAGAUUUCGCCGACACCAUCAAGAUUCGAGUUAUUGAUAAUGAUGAGACCUUCGCUGUUGACGAGGAGGCACUUGGUGUGCUACGAAGUUUGACCCAGGAGACGAGUGCGCAACGUGUGCUCGCAAGCCGUCCUGUCUCACCAAUUCUCACCAUGUCGGAUCGUCGACCUUCAUCAGUGCACGGAAGAAAAUCUCGUGUGCCAUCCAUGAGUCCUGCUCCGGGAAGCCUUCACGAGAAUGUCAUGGCAACUCUAUCGCCAGCAUCUGGCCUCACCUCCAGAAGUGCUCGAUCUAGUAGUGAGUUGGAACGUUCUACCCUCGACCUCAGCCAAGGAAGAGAAGAGAAUGCCGCGAACCGCACUACAAAACAGCAGGGCGGUCAUAAGCAAUGGGGCCGACCUUUACAGGAUGCUUCGGAAUCGUAUGUGUCUUCUUCUGAUCAGGGCAACGACAGCGAAAUGUCAGAAUCUGCAGCCGGCACAGAUGCUUCGGGUAGCCACAUAUUAAGUGGCAGCAUCAUGUUCCAUAAGCCAACCAUUGGAAAGCAUCACGACAACACUGCAUUGCAUAAUGCAAACCCCAACACACAGAGCGAUGUACCGUUUGCCGCGGCCAAGAAGACUAGCAAAGAGCCUGGAGCCGAUGUUUCGACAAAGAACAUGCCAGAAACACAAGUGCAAGACAUGCAACAAUCGGAUUCUUCGGCCUUAGGAGGGCUGAUGAAAGUCGGAGCUGUUCCCAUUCAACGUGCCUCAGGCUUCUUAUACAACUCUGGCAAGCGUGUCAGCGGUCUGUUUGGAGGUUCGCCCUUGGAGUACUAUGACAAAUUCUCUGGCAUGAUUGCUGGUGGUAAGAAACACUAUGCUGAGGCAGACGAACUGGUGCCCGGAGAAGAAGUGCAGGAUUCUGAAGAUGAGAUGACUGUUCGUGAGGCUGAAAAGAGCUUCCGGAACCAUUUCGCCCUGCCAGAUUCUGAGAAGCUUGUGGCAACAUUCUUUGGUUUCUUCCAUCGAGUCUUGCCUUUGUACGGCAAACUGUACGUUGGCAGCACGAGGCUAUGCUUUCGUGGCUUCAUGCCUGGAAAUUGGACAAAGGAGAGAGGGUUCCGAUUUGGGUAUUCAGGUAUGGUUGUUGUGAUACGAGGCCACGAAGAGAUCUUCUUCGAGUUCGGCUCGCAAGACCUACGCGAUGACUGCACAGUCACUCUCUUGCGUUCGCUGGACUCGAUGGUACCGUCUCAGGAGUCUGUCUUGCUCACAGAAGACGAGAAGAGAGAUGCCGAGGCAGCAGCAGCAGAAAACCUCCUGUUGCAGGAAGCUCGUCAAGGCGAUCGUGGUGGAGUCGAGUUUCAAAUUCCUCAUGAUGCCGACUCGCCAGCCAUCUCCUUCGAUGAUCCAGCGGCCUCGGUUUUGAACUUCAAGCCCGAGGAGUCCCUACGGAUCACCUGCCUGACUAUCGGUUCUCGUGGAGACGUGCAACCAUAUAUAGCCCUUUGCAAAGGCCUGCUUGCUGAAGGGCACAGACCGAAAAUUGCCUCUCAUGCCGAGUUUGGUGACUGGGUACGAGGCCACGGCAUUGAUUUUGCACCGGUUGAAGGUAAUCCAGCAGAGUUGAUGGCACUCUGCGUCGAUCAUGGCAUGUUCACGCCUUCUUUUCUUUAUGAGACGAACCAGAAGUUCUGGCCUUUUGUCAGAGGUCUUCUCAAGACAGCCUGGGCAGCCUGUCAAGAUUCAGAUCUAUUGAUCGAGAGCCCUUCCGCCAUGGCUGGAAUUCACAUUGCGGAAGCGCUUGGUAUCCCUUACUUCAGAGCCUUUACUAUGCCCUGGACCAGGACGCGUGCCUAUCCUCAUGCUUUCGGCAUGCAGAACAACAGGAUGGGUGGCGCAUACAACUACAUGACUUACGUCAUCUUCGAGAACAUUUUCUGGAAAGCCACCUCAAGUACGAUCAACAGGUGGCGCAAAGAAGACCUGGGGUUGAAGGCCACGAACAUGGAGAAGAUGCAGCAGGACAAGGUUCCGUUCUUCUACAACUUCUCACCCAGCGUGGUUGUUCCCCCUCUCGACUUUGGCGAGUGGAUCCGAGUGACAGGAUACUGGUUCCUCGAUGAAGCAGAUAACUUCACCCCACAGAAGGAGCUGCUCGAGUUUAUCAAGAAAGCACGCACGGACAAGGCGAAGCUUGUAUACAUCGGCUUCGGUUCAGUGGUCGUUCCUGACCCAAAGCAACUUACUAUGGACAUCAUCGCGGCUGUCAAAAAGGCCGAUGUUCGCUGCAUCCUCUCCAAGGGCUGGUCCGAUCGUAUGGACAAGAAGGAUGCCAAAGCACUCGAAGUGCCUUUGCCGGAAUUCAUGUUCCAGAUUGCAUCCGCUCCACACGAUUGGCUGUUCCGACAAGUCGAUGCUGCUGUUCAUCAUGGCGGAGCAGGAACGACUGGUGCCAGUCUUCGCGCUGGCAUUCCAACCAUCAUCAAGCCUUUCUUUGGCGACCAGUUUUUCUUUGGCAGCAAAGUCCAGGAUCUUGGAGUUGGUCAAAAGGUCCUGACUGUCACUGAGAACGCAUUGGGCAAAGCAAUAUGGAUCGCGACGCAUGAUUCACGCAUGAUCGAAAAGGCUAGAGUCCUAGGAGAGCAGAUUCGAUCCGAAGAUGGUGUCGGCACAGUUGUCAAGGCCAUCUAUCGCGAUAUGGAGUAUGCAAAGACGCUGGUCCAACAACGUGUGGCUAGAGCGGCACAGGGUGAUACAGACGCUGAAGACGAGGAAGAAGUGGAGGUCGAAGACAGCUGGACGCUGGUGGAGAAUGACUCUGACCCGGAUGCGACGAGCCCGACAGCCAUGAUGCAGCCACAAUCACCCUCUUCGAGUAGCAAGGGGAAGGCUAAGAUGGGAUUGAGGCUCCCGCUCAGCAGGUCC